AUGCAGUCAUUUGGCCGGCAGCUUCGAGUCAGCGGUAGCACGAUGAACACGCUCCUUUUCUGGAGUCUUCUGCUCGUCGGGGGCAUGUGGGCUUCUUGGUUCGCCUGGGCCGUGCAAACCUGGAGGCGUCACUUCUCCACACGUCCCUCGCGCUCCGAGGCUUCCAGCCCAAGCAGCGGGCGACCCCCCACAGUCCGGUCCCCGUCGAUGCAGAAACCUGCGGGCUGUCCUGUCCUACUUGGUCAAGAGGCCGUGGGAUCCAAAGGUUCCUGUCCCGUCAGCGGCACCCAAACCUUUAUGAUGGACAUGAACCACGUGCACUUGACACUGUGGCAGUAUCUCUGGGCCGCCCAUUGCAUUGCUCUGCCAGCCUUUGCUUUGGUGGUAAGCGGAUGGUGUCAGAUGCAGCUCGCUCGGCUGCUGAGCUUCUGUGGCCUGCUCCCAGAGGCCUCAGAAGAGAAGGUGCGCCGCAUGAUCUACCACUUGGUGUUGGAAAACCUGUGCACCGGCGUGGCCCACAUUGAAGACACAGAGGGCCGUGUGGCCACCUUUGCCUACAGCCCCUUCCCGAUGUAUGUGGACUGCGACGACUGCGACUCGAAGGUGCGCUUCGAAGUGAGGAAGAGGAUGGUGGUGAAGUUGAACCUCGACACGGAGGACUUCCUGACUGCGGAGCUUGAUGGAGAGACCUUGGCCUUGAUGGAUGCGGCCGUUCUGCUGACCCACUGCGAGAGCAACGUGAACCACGGGAAGAUGCAUGCCUAUGCCAACUGGGGCAUCGACCCCGCGGACAGUACCAGCCCAUACCUUCAGAAGAUGAGUGUGGUGACAGCCUGCUACAACCAUUAUGGCUUCACGAACUUCCCCCGCAUGGUCAGCAAGAUGGUGCACAAGGAUGCAGGAGCCGCUGUUGAAGCGGUCCUCCUUGAGUCUCUGCGCACAGGAGUCGCAGAGCAUAGGCUGGUGGCGAAGCUGGCGGAGCAUUCCAGACUCCUGAAGUUCAUGAUCCAGCUGAGGGUGCCUUUCAGGCAGGCUUUCAAUCACUGCAGGGCAGAUUUCCCAGCAAACUACAGCUGCGAAGCCCACUACUUGGGGACUGUCGUGCAUUCCUUGGAUCACUGGGCCUUCUGCCAACAUGUUGACCCGUGGCUGUUCAGUGCACUCACGCCCUCCAAGCAUCUUCGAACACUACACCGCACGGUUCUGCUCGCUCGCUGUUGCGUUGUGGAUGACAUCCCGACCCUUGGCCUGGAGAAGUAUUUCAGAGAUGGCCGCACAGAGUUCCAUCGAAUGGUGUACCAGGCAGCGAAGGGUCUCAAUGAGAGCUUCGCAGAUCAAAUUCAGACCUGCAUCGUGAAAUGA